UCUUCUCUCCACAUUCAGACACUAAAGAAGAGCUAACUGUGUUUGUGUCUGCAGAUCAUCAGAGCCGUUUGCUUUGAGAGACUCUGAGAUGAGAGAACAUGAGGAACAGUUUCUGGCUCUUUUCUUCUGACUCACUGAUGAUCAGUGUGAUAGAUCAUAUAAUAAUGUGAUCAUGUCACCUUCUACAUUAUUCAAUAAAGUUGAAUCAGCCAUGUUUGAUGAUUUUGACUCACAGCAGCUGAUAACAGCUCAAAGUGUUUGUAUUGUGUUGUUGUUUCUGCAGCUGCAGCAGCAGGAGGAGUCCAUCGAGGAGGUGAUCAAAGACACAGAGUGUCUGUUCCAAUCCAGAGAGAAGGAAUAUCAGGAGACCAUCGACCAGAUCGAGCUCGAGUUGGCAACAGCGAAGAGCGACAUGAACCGUCACCUGCACGAGUACAUGGAGAUGUGCUCGAUGAAGAGAGGACUCGACGUCCAGAUGGAGACCUGCAGGAGACUGAUCACACAGAGCGGAGACAGGAAGUCAUCGUCUCUCAUCACUCUGACCGCCGACGACUCCGACAGCGAGGAGAAGGAGCGAAGAAAACCGGCACUGCCCUCCGACUCCGAGAGCAGAGAGUCUUACUGUGGAGCCAACGCCACCAUCCCACCACUCGCCUGGAGGAAACCCUAACACACACUGAUACACACACUGAUACACACACUGAUACACACUGAUACACACUGAUACACACACUGAUACAC